AGACACUAACGAAAAUCUCAGAACGGUCAACUCCAGAGGCUUUGAUGCCCCUGCCAACCUCAUCCUCAUUAUCGUAGCAUGCAGCGGCGUCGAUAUGUCUAUAUCCUGAUCGAAGAGCACUUUCCACUGCUACAGCCACUUCAUUUGGUUUUGAUUGCUGUAUAAUACCGUUAGCAAUUCAGUUAACUUUAGGAAUACCCCUAUUCGCUAAAACUCACCCAAGUCCCCAACCCUAUGGCUGGAAUCGAAUAACCAGAAUUUAGCUUAUGAGACUUGACAGCCAUUUUCACAAUUUCGACUCAGGUAAAGGUAUUUCGUGAGUCUAUUCCUGGGAGAAGAGUAGAAAAAAGGGUUAUGUAACACGCUUUAUAAUAGGCACUCACUUCUCAUACAAUCUACUUUUCCUUGCUAUAGAGUUAGUAAAACCUACACGAUAUACUUCUCGGAUUCAUUUGCCGAGCUAAAAGGAGCUUUUCCGACGGAUACUCCACACGCCCCAACCUCGGGGUAUCGUUGUCGCCAUGCAAUGUCGUGAUCUCCACCGGAGCUAGUGCCGCCCCUCACUGCUACCCCGAGCUCGGCUUCAUCAGGAGACUCUGUGUCUGAUGAUCUUUAUCUUCAAAAGAUUAACAAAUCCGACACUCACUUUACUGCUAGUAAUCAUUAAAAGCAUAGUCUGAAAACCGAAAAUCAAACAAGAUGGCGCGAGUUCCUCCUCCCGGUGUCUACGUCCCAUCGCCGACAUUUUUCAAACCCCUUGCUGCCGGAGCCCGCCAAGCCGAGGUAGAUGUAGCAACUCAAUCAGAACACAGCGUAUUCUUAGCAAAGAAUGGUGUUCACGGACUCGUCCUACUCGGUUCCACGGGUGAAGCAGUCCAUCUUUCACGUCAAGAGCGUAAAGAUCUCCUAAGUGGAGUGCGCAAAUCACUUGAUGAUGCAGGAUUCCCCGAUUAUCCCAUCAUGGCCGGUGUUCUUGUAAAUGCCGUUGAUGAAGCACUAGAAUGGUUACAAGAUUCGAAAGAUGCCGGAUCUCAAUGGGGGUUGGUUCUAGCUCCGGGCUACUUUGGUGGCGCUGCUUCUCAAGAAGGUGUAAUUGAGUGGUACACGACAGUUGCGGAUAAGAGUCCAAUUCCUAUCUUAAUUUACAAUUAUCCGGGUGUUACCAACAACCUUACAGUCACCCCUGAGACAUACGAAAAGCUCGCGCAACACCCAAACAUAGUAGGAUGCAAGAUGUCUCACGGCAAUGUAUCAUAUCACGUCCAAGUAUCAACCUCACCUGUAAUCGACCACGAAAAGUUCCAGGUAUACAGUGGCUUCGGCCAGCAACUUGGCCCCAUCGUAACUUUCAACGCUGCGGGAGUUAUCGACGGACUAGCUUCAUUCUUCCCCAGAACAGUUGUGCGACUAUUUGAACUAUCUAGCAAACGACCGAUUGACGAUGCCGCCAUUCAAGAAGCUAGGGUGCUACAGUACCGAGUAAGCCGAGCAGAGGACUAUAUCGGUCGUUGGGGUAUUCUUGGAAUCCGAGAAGGAAUCUACCGUGUCGUGGGGCUAGGUAAUCUCGAGGGCGGACGAGCACCUCUAAGAGGGAAGAUUCCCGAUGGUGCGUGGGACGAGUGGGCAAAUGUUAUGAAGGCUAUGUCGGAAUUAUAAGUCGUAGGAAGUGAUAUCUGAAAUUCUCUAAAAUUUUCCCAAAGCAAGGAUUAACACAUUCAUUUGCAAAUUGCUAUUCGGCCUUUUUUUCACUUCUAACAUUCUACGGUUAUAAAGACGGCGGCGUAAUGUGUUACUGCAUCGCCUACUUUAAGUACAGGGAGCUGGGCGUUAAACUCCACUAAAAAUCCGAUUAGAUUCACUGCGUGAAGCGCUAUAAUCUAGUGGUAUACGACACUUCUCCUCUCUAUAGUCCGACUGCCCAAGCGAUUAAUUCAAUCACUAUAGUCGCGAAAAAUUGCGGUUUAGGACUUCAACUUCUUCCAUUCUUGAAUGCCCC